CUCUCUCGCUCUCCACACCAACACAACCUCCUCUGCCUCUUCCCCCUCUCUGCGGAUCCACAGUAGCUACUGCAGUGAAUCCGUCAUCCGUCGACUGGAGAAACCGCGAAAGAGAGUAAACCGGCUCUGUUCUACAAUCAGAAAAUCAUACCCUUAAUUGAUUGUGCAACAUUGCCCUGCAUUUUUACUGUCUUUACACUUUGAACAAAGACUCAGAUCGUCAGAAUGGGAAAUGAAGCAAGUUAUCCCUUGGAGAUGUGCACACAUUUUGAUGCUGAUGAGAUUAAGAGGCUAGGAAAGAGAUUUAAGAAACUCGACCUAGAUAACUCUGGCUCCUUGAGUGUUGAAGAGUUUAUGUCCUUACCGGAACUCCAACAGAAUCCCCUUGUACAGCGAGUUAUUGAUAUAUUUGACACAGAUGGCAAUGGUGAAGUUGACUUCAAAGAAUUCAUCGAGGGUGUCUCCCAGUUCAGUGUCAAAGGCGAUAAGGAGCAGAAAUUGCGCUUUGCCUUCAGAAUCUACGACAUGGACAAGGAUGGCUAUAUAUCCAACGGUGAGCUCUUCCAGGUCCUGAAGAUGAUGGUGGGAAACAACCUCAAGGAUACCCAGCUUCAGCAGAUUGUCGACAAAACCAUAAUUAACGCAGACAAAGACGGUGAUGGGAGAAUAUCCUUUGAAGAGUUUUGUGCGGUGGUGGGCGGAUUAGACAUACACAAAAAGAUGGUGGUGGAUGUGUGACCGAUCUCACGAGCCCCUUGCAACCUUUUUUUUUUCCGCUUUUUUCUCCAUUUCUGAGGAUCUGCUCAAGCAAACGCGUCGUCCAGCAACGCUCUCUGUGUAUUUUCAAUGGAAGUAUUUUCUCUGUGAAGCCACCUUUUUUCCAACCUGAGCCUUCCGAAGCCAACCUUUUUAAGUGUUAUUGAACAUGAAUUCUAUCAAUAACCCGGUGUAGCACUUUAAAAGCUAAAGGACAGCUUUUUAUCGUUGAGCGAGCAUUUCAGUUUGGUGGAGGAAGGGAGGAAGGUUAAUAUAAUUGUUUUUGAGGCAGUUGGGAUUUUUUUAUAUUUAUUUUGGUCUUGUCUUUUUUUUUAAGAAAGUAUAUCUUGGGGGAUGUUUGUAGUUAGCUGUUAUGUAACUUGAUGUACUUGAUUUCAACACAAACAUAAAGCAUGAAGUGCCAAUCAGAACAUGUUAAUGAUAAAACAGUUGAGUAUAUGAUCUAUAUCUACUGUUGAGAUUUGGGAGUACUGCUUUUUCUAGUGCAAGCUGCACAAUUCAACUAGUUAAAUUUAUUUUUCAGGUGUAACGUGUUUUCUUCUAUUUUACUUAACUUGUUUAUUGUAAACAUUUUAGUUUCCGAUAAUGUAAGACACAUUUUGUAAAAAACAAAUACACAAAAAAAACAACAGCACAACAGAGGGGGAUUGUGCACUAUAAAUGUUUAUAUUGUCAGGGACUACUAUUGUCUUGCUUUAUGAGAUACGAAAAGUAGUGAAAGAGUAAAAUAUAUUUUAAUUUCUGCACACAAGCUUACGGUUUACUGCGAAUGCAAGUCUUUUUUGAUUCACAGGCUGAUUAUGUGAAUAGUUUUCACUAUAGAAAAUGACCUAUCCCCAACAAUGUGCACAUUACAAUCAAGCCAGUGGCAUACAAUUGCAGGCAGUUUUAAUAUUCUGUAUUUAUUGCUUUCAGCCAAGAUAAACAGUUUUUUCUUGUUGUAACAUGUUACAAGAUAGAUCAAAUAGCUUACAGACUAUCAUGUAAUUAGAGAUAAUGCUGUUUUCAGCAUUAUGUGUGCAUAAAAAGUUUAAGCUUGCUUGAAAAUUGUUUUAUUUAACUGCAGGCAGCGUUUUGUUCAGGUAAUUUAGCUACAGGUUAGGCUAGGCUUGUUGUUAGGCCUACAUUGAGGGCUGCCGCAUAGGUUGAGAUUAAGGGGAGGUACUCUCAACUUAUAAAUGUCAUCUUUACAACAUUGUUUAUUUUAUAUCAAGAAAACAUUUAAUUUGGUUUAGAAAACAUUGUAUUGAGUCAGUGGAUAUAGUUAGAGGCCUUCCUCUCCGCCGCCGACCAUUUUCUAUUUGUGUUGAGUAUUCUUGAUACAGAUGCAACCAACUAGAGCGUUCAUUACCAAGCCACCACAUUUUUUUACACAGAGAUGGGGAAUACGACCGAACAAGACUCUCUCUUACAUUUAUGGAAGUUAAUGUAUUCGAUUUGUGGCUCCGCUUUUGCUCAUUCACCUCCUGCGCGGGGAGGUGUUUGAAGUGCGCGAUCCCUAUACCGUGCGCACACACACACGACCGCUCGUGCCGCUGUUUCUAGUGCUGCACGAUGAUGGCUCUUAUCUGUUCCUGAAAGGCCCCAAAGUCUUGUGAUGUACUUGCAUGACAUGGAGGGUUUUUCUCUAUAUUUUCCUGUUUCUUUGUGCAUGUAGAUCCGUUUUUAUUUUGAAAAGCUCCUCUUGUUUACAUAUGAAUAGUAAUGUUAAUAUAUUAUAACAUGAAUGAAAAUGACAUAUACAUGGAUGUUGCCAAAAAGAAUUGGUGAAAAAAAUAUGGAAAUGACAAAGUAAAUCCACUACAUGUAACUGUUAUAACAACUAUAAUCUUUUGGAUCUGUGUGUCACUUUGAUUCCAGCAAAGCUUCACUUAUGCCCCAAGUCAACUGCCAGAUGCUUUUUUUUGUUCAAGGAGAAACCAUGUUUUUCUUCCUUUCUUUAAUUUGUAUUAUUUUGAGUUGAAUUGUUUUGUACAGAUAUUUGUUAUAAACAUAGUAAUAGUGCUCCUUCCCUAGUUUUUUUUAGGUCAGUGCUAAAAUGUCAGUUUAUUGGAUGAAAGGGAUAUAAAGGUGUACAUUGAUUAUGGGGUGUUGGGUGGAGGCAUGACGGUUUCAGUCUUAGGUUUUACUUUUCCUCUUUCCAUCUCUGCAUGCUGCAUCAUAUGCUGUGGGAACCAUUGAAACUUCAUACAUGAACAUAAGAAAUAAACAAUUUGAAAGUU